AUGUGCGUUCGCGGCCUCGAGGACGCCCAGGAGGCUUGCCUUGCGACGCAGACACCAGACGUGAUUGUGCAGUUUCAAUCCCAGACGCACGCCUACAGAUGCGUGCUGCUGCACCAGAGUGGAGCCUUCUUCCCCGAGGGCUGUGGAGUGGAGGCUGAGGAAGUUGGGCCCCGAACAGACCAUGCCGGCCCCUGCCUGGUCCUGCUCAAGGGUGUGACCCUCCCCAGGGCCGACUUUGAGGCCUGGCUCCGAGACUCAGUGAUGGAGUGGGCCGUCAUGCGCGUCUACUGGAUAAAGCAGCGGUGUGCUGACCGACAGGACGCCUUGCCCCUGGACUGGGUGCUGCAGCCUGCCGCCUUCACCCACGUGCUGGACGUAGUGGAGACGGCCGCAGGCGUCGCGUACUCCAUGAGCCCCUGCCCCCGCCUCUUCCGCACCACUGCCUGGACCCGGCCGCGACUGGAGGGCCCGCUGUGCAAGGCUACGUCCAAGCUGGCGGAGGCCCUCGCCUGGGUCAAGCACGCACCUCGCGGGGGGGUCGCCAUAGACCUCGGGGCGUCCCCGGGCGGCUGGUCCACCCUGCUCGCCUCCUCCAUGCACCACGUGAUCUCCAUCGACCCCGCCGACAUGGCCCCGGAGGCCCUGGCCCUGCCCAACCUGACGCACAUUAAGAGCAGGGUGGAGACGGCCCUGCCCCAGAUAGAGGCCGCCCUGGCCGCGGCGGGGGCGGGCGGGGGCGCAGACCUCCUGGUCUCAGACAUGAACAAGCACCCCAGCGCCAUGAUCGGAAUGGUGGAGCCCCUGCUGGCGUACCUCAAGCCGGGGGGGCACCUCCUGCUGACCCUCAAAUUCUUCUCCCGGUCGAGGGACAAGGCCUGGGACCCCACCAACUGCCCCCAGCUGGCUGGCUUCAGAGGGGUGCAGGUGGUCUGGCUGCUGGCAAACACCGCGCAUGAACGCACCUGCGUGGCUAUCAAGUGCUGA